UAACCACACUGGCUCCACCAAUUGCCAGAAAGGGGUCAAGCACAGACGCACGGGUGUUAAGUCUUGUCUUGGCAGUCAGGACUAACAGGGACGCGCAGGCAUCUCAGACUGACGUGAAAUGGAUUUCUAUCUGCCGCCUACAUUUCCUGCAAGUGGUAUCCCGUGGGAGCGGGUCAUACCUCCGCUGAUUCCACGCACGUUUGGAACCUAUCCCUCCGAGUUAUUACUUCCAGCAGCUGAAAAGACUGGGACUGCGCAGGUGAACUGUGAUCAGAAUGGAUUCAUGGUUCAGGUUGAUGUGAAGCUCUUUAACCCAGAGGAGCUAAUGGUCAGGGUAACCGGUCACUUUGUGGAGGUGCAGGGAAAGCAUGAGGAAAAAAAGGAUGGGGCCGGGAUGGUGACGAGGCAGUUUAACCGGCGGUACAGGAUCCCAGACGGAGUGGACACCAUGGCCCUGCAGUCUGCGGUGUCUCCUGAAGGCGUUCUCAUCAUAUCAGCACCACUGCUGCAGGGAGAGGAGUCAAGACCGCUGGCCAAUCCGCAACCAUAACACACGCACACAUCCACACACCUACCACUUCUAACAAGCCAAAACACAUGAUGACAGAAGCCUUAAAAAUGAGCUGUUAUGGAAAUACAGGCACAAAGACUCCAUCCUCCACCACUUGCAUAACCAAACGCUCUCUGAGAAGCUUCUGCACGUGCCAAGACACACAUUAGCAUCCUGGCAUCAUCACGAAAACACCCUGUUCUCUAAGCUUUGUACAUACAGAACUGAUUCCAACUCCUAAUACAUCUAUCCUUCAAAGCAAUAGUUACUCAUCAAUCUUAAUGUUUUAUUAAAACAGCAAUUCGUUGUAAAUAUGAUGUAAUACAAUUUAAACAGUGGACAUGUUCAAGUAUUGAUGCACUAUAAAACACCACAAAUGUUGAUGUAUAUUUACCAAGUAUUUAUUGUUGGAAUAUUUGUUGUCACAUAAAUAAAUGCACAUUAUAUUUAUUUACAAAUUAUGUUAAAAACAC